UCAUUCCCAAUUUCCGCCUCUGUUCCGCUCAAAAAAAAAAAAGAAAGAGAAAACCGCAGAUCUCCUCCAGUCCUCCUUCCCGAGCCGGCGGCUCCUCUCCUCCUUCCCGAGCCGGCGAUCCUCCGACGACCUUACUCUGCUCCCGCCGUCAGACCCGUGACCCGUCCUUCAGGCUUCACCCCAUCAGACUACAGUACACUAUGACGGGAGAUGACAAAAACCGAGUAAGGAUUAGAAAACAAAACUCUGGAGCUCAUAAUAGAAGAGUCAAGCAACGUCAAGAUGAAAUGGCAAAAUCACUACUUGAGUAUGAUGACUUAAUUGAAGAAUUCGCUUCAAAAAAUUCAAGGAGAAGUAUUUUUCUUUGAUGGGAAUUGUAGCACAAAUAGGAGUGGCGGAAAAUCUGUGCUUGAAAGGAAAGGAAUAUUCAGAUGCAGAGAUUGGGAGAUUUUAGGCUGCCUCAUUUCUUUAACUAUCCACCCUACUUCACUUUACAGCCAGUAAGAGAAACACGUGAGAAGCAAGUGCAACUGUGGAAGGAAUUAAUACUUGAUUACUGUAGAAGUCAAAAGAUAUUUAUCAUCGGACUGGAAGAAGAGUUCCCUUUGUUCUCCAAUCCAGUAAUUGAACGAUCUCUCAAUCAUGAAGCAAGGGGUGUAUUUCUUUCCGCUUUGGUUAGUGAAGGUCGAGCAGAAUGGAUGGAUAAAAGUCAUAAAAAAUGUCUUAUUCUCUGGCUGAGAAUUCAGGAUUGGGCUGACCACAUCAUUAAAUUUGUUAAAGACAAUGGAUUGGAAGACAGUGUUGUGACUGUUGAAGAUAUACGCUCAGGAUUUGAAUCUCGUGGAACUGAGCUUGCUGGGAUUGAUCGUGGUGUGCUGAUGCGAGCACUAAGACUACUGGAACAGAAGGGUAAAGCAGCAAUUUUCAAGGGGUCUUCUUCAGAUGACGAAGGAGUAAAAUUCUCUGUGUAGUUACUGCCAAUGUGUUGCUCGUUACCGCUUUGAUCCAUGUCCUUCUGGCAACUUCAAUUAGCAGUAGGUAUGCCUAGAGAGCAGUUGUCGUUACAGCUUACAUCCUUCUAUUUGAAAGACGUACAGGUAUUUCAUGCUGUUUUCCCAGUGUUAUAGCAGUGAUGAAGUGUCUCUUCGAAAGUUCGAUAAAGCAAGUUGCUGAGCCAAGUGUGUUGGUUGUAAUUUUAUACUGAACCCAUUUGAUUUCUUAAGCUAUCUAGUAGAGCUGCAGUUGUCGAAACUUGAAUAUUUUUGCUGUUGUAAUUUUGAAUUUAUUCCUGAGAAUUGAGUUUAUCUUUCUGACAAGUAAUUUGAUGCAAGUUCUCUUAUUCA